AUGCGCACCUCAAGCCUCAUCCCACUUCUAUUGGCCCUGCUCCCCCUCUCCAACGCCGCAACAUGCACCUCUCCAAAUCAAGUCCUGCUCGUCUCCGGCCCCGACCCAAUUCAAAUGAUGUGGUCCAUCCGCGCCGUAGCCUGCAAUGGCGACAACUGGUGGAAGAGCCUCAAAAUCACCUCCAAUGAUGGGCCAUAUGGCGCAGAAGCAUUUACCCGUAACAUGGUUUCCCAGCAAAAUUGUUGGGAUUCAACAGAGCAAAUCAUAACCCAAUGCAUGGGCGAUCAACCGGGCAACCAAUGGCCUAACUAUUUUAACGGCGGCUGGUACGAAUACAAAUGGACGAAUGAAGACGAGUACACGGAAGCUUGGUUCUGGAAUAUUAAUAGCAGUAAGCGAGAUGUUAUUGAAGCGAGGGACAAAACAUUUGUGAGCCAGAAGGGAGAGGUUUUUGAGGCUGAUGAGGUAUUGGAGUUGGAUAUGACGACGGGGGCUGUUACUACUGUGGCUAAGUAGAUUGGCGGCUUGGGUAGAGGGCAAGGUUGUUUGCUUUUGAAACAAGAGGGGGCUGGAUAACCAGGGCGUUAUUCCUUUAGAAGAGUGGAGGAAAGCCUUAGUAAUGGGCGAUUAGGCGAGGAA